AUGAGCAGCAACAACCAGAACCAGAACCAGGGCGGCAAGCAUCCUAUGGACAAGAGUGAUUCGUCUAGAAUCCAGUCUACUCAGGCUCAGGGAGGCAAGGACACUGGAAAGGAUGCGUUUGCUGCAAGGGCGCAGUCUGCAGGUGAUAAGAAUGCGAACUCGGGUGCGGCUUCGAAGCAGGGAGGCGAUGUGGAGAAGAAGUAG